CACGGGACGCAAGCACCCCUGUACUAAAAACAAAACAAAACAAAAAGCUGAGAAGAAAGUGUUUACUCGCCAGCCAGAGACUAACGGAUGCUCAGCAGCACUACAUCCACCAUGCCCGGGAUGAUCUGCAAGAACUCAGACCUGGAGUUUGACUCGCUGAAGCCCUGCUUCUAUCCAGAAGAAGAUGACGUCUACUUUGGCGGUCGCGACUCGACGCCUCCGGGGGAGGACAUCUGGAAGAAGUUUGAACUGUUGCCUAAGCCUCGGUUGUCACCUAGCCGUGCCUUGGCUGAGCACAGCCUGGAGCCAGUGAACUGGGCCACCGAGAUGCUGCUGCCUGAGGCCGACCUAUGGGGUAACCCGGCCGAGGAGGAUGUUUUUGGCCUGGGAGGACUCCGUGGCCUCACAAGCAACCCGAUCAUCCUUCGGGACUGCAUGUGGAGUGGCUUCUCCACCCGGGAGAAGCGAGAGAGUGCGGUAAGCGAGAAGCUGCCAGACCGCUAUGGGUCCCUGGCUGCCAGCCCCAGCACCUCAGCCCCUGGAGCAGCAGCUGCUGCCAGCUCUGUGGGCCAUGCGGGCAGGGGAACAGCAGGUGCGGGGCGUGGGAAAGCCGCCUGGCUCACAGAGCUUGCCCACCUGGAUUCAGAGUGCAUGGACCCCGCUGUGGUCCUCUUCCCAGCGAAUAAGCGCGAGUGGGUGCCGGUACCGGCCAUCCCCACCAGUGCUGGCACUGCGGGCACUGUAGUCAGCCGUGGUGACCACCAGGCCUUCAGCACCUCCCGAGAGGGCAUCCUGAGCAACUCAGGUAUUGAGGAGGAAGAUGAAGAAGAAAUCGAUGUGGUCACGGUGGAGGAGACUCAGUGCUCCAAGACUGUCUCCAGGCUCCCCACCGUGGCGCGCCCUGAGAAAGCAGUUCUGGGCCCCGGGCGCGCGCAGCCCAGGGAGCUGAUCCUCAAGAGCUGCAUCCUCAUUCAUGAGCAGCACAAUUAUGCCGCCGCGCCACCGUUGCCCUAUGUGGGCAGCGAGGACGCGCAGCCGCCCAAGAAGCUUAAGAGCACGGCUUCACUAGGGUCCCUCAAUUGCGUCCUCCCGCUGAAGCCUACUAGAUUGGGUCCCCGCAACUCAAACUUGGAGGACAUUGAGCGCCGCCGCAACCACAACAUGAUGGAGCGCCAACGCCGUGACAGUAUGCGCUCCAGCUUCCUGAACCUCAGGGACCUUGUGCCUGAGCUGGUGCACAAUGAGAAGGCCGCUAAGGUGGUCAUCCUGAAAAAGGCCACCGAGUACAUCUACACUCUGCAGGCUGAUGAGUGCAAGCUCCUGGUAGAAAGAGAGAAAUUGCACGCAAGACAACAGCAGUUGCUGAAGAAAAUCAAACACUCUAAGACGUAUUAAACGUUUCUUUAACUGACAGUCACUACUACUUUGCACAUGUUGACUUGAAAAAAAACUAUUGUGUUGACAUUAAGAAUGUUGGUUUACCUUCAUAUUGGUCCCUUGUCAAGUUUGGAGCUGGAUAGGGGGCAAUCAUGGAGUUCUAGUGGGGCCUUGCAAAGUCUAGGAAUAGGAUGCUAUCCUAGGAUCUUUCUUUCCUCUAACCUCAGUGAUGGCCAUGAAGGGUCAGGACAGUUGGGAACCUUGGAAGGCUAUUGCAGUCAUAUUUACUCCAAGUUUCCAGAGUCAGCUCUCCUUUUUACAGGAGUGAUUACAUUCCAAUAGAUGCCACAGAAAGGGAAUCGACAUUUGAUGUCCUUGGGGGAACAUUCCUGUAAAUUACAUAGGCUGCCCCACCCAGAGGUCAGUAUUACACUGGAAGUUCACACCUAAGUAUCAUAAUAACACCUCAAUGUUUGAGGAGCAUGUUUUGUACACAGAUAUAUUGUCAAUCUAUGUUACGUAUUGUGCUAAUUCUUAUACUGUCUGUACUUUAGUAUGAUGCUGAUACGUAACUAAGUUUGAUAUUUAUGUUUACAUAUGAAAAUGAAGAGUGAAGGUUUUUAGAAUGACUAUCACUUUUUUGAAUUAAGAAACUUUUUAAAGAAAUUAUAUAUAUGUAUGUAUAUUCCCUUUUCUCCAAGUUUAUGUUUUUCUGUUAGUGUAUUUGCUCAUGUGUGAUGUGUGCAUAUGAGUGAAUGCAAAGUUGUGUGCUUAAUUUCUAAAAAAAUAUGUGCACUUUGAAAUACCUCAUGUUAUUAUGAAAUAAAUAGCGAUUAAAUAAUUUUUUAAAAGAAGCUUUCUGCUUUUCAACUAAUUAGUUUACUCUUAAGUGCAAUUUCCCAUUUAUGUUUCACAGAUUUUAAUAUUCUUUCCCUGAACUGCACUUUUGGUCAUAAUAUGCUGUAAAGAAGUUCUCUCUUGGUCAGAUCCAUUUGAAAUAAACACCUCUUGUACUUGCACAUUCAUUGGUUUCUUAAAAUGAGGGAAAUGUUGUGCUGUAUUCCACUGAAUAUGUUUAAUAUACUCUUUGCCUUUAGCUUACCUUCGUCAGGUAUGUCAGUGAGUCAGAUGUUUGU